AUGGCUGGUGACUCGAAUCCAUUUCUUCAAGCCGGAAGAAAGAUAUCUACAUCUGGUGUGACUUUGUAUCACAUCCUUGGCGUCCCAAAGGGUGCUGAUGAGGACGAUAUAAAGCGUGCCUAUCGAAAGGCCGCUUUACGGUUCCAUCCCGACAAAAAUCCAGACAAUCCUGCCACAGCUGACGUCUUCAAAGAUAUCAGCAGAGCCUACCAGUCAUUAAUUGAUCCAGUUAAAAGAAACAUCUACGAUAAGUACGGAAGUCUUGGUCUCUCAAUUGCCGAGCAGGUCGGUGAGGACAAUGUCAACACGUACUUUAUGCUGUCUAACAAAUGGUGUAAGGCUCUCUUCUUCUUUUGCUGUGCUAUCACCGGUUGCUACUUCUGCUGUUGCUGCUGUUUCUGCUGCAACUUCUGUUUCGGGAAAUACAAACCCCAUGUCCACGAGCCACCACCCGAAGAGGUCAAUCUUCGUGAAGACGAACUGGAUAAUUUGGGAGACCCUAUGCACCAAGCUGCUCCUCCUUAUGAUCCUGAAGCAAUACGCCAGAGCCAGUUUAGUUCUUCUCAGGUGCCAAUGGAACACCCCAUGCCCAUGCCCACCAAGGUAAUCACUCAACAACCACAAUCGACGCUCUCCGGGUUCUAG